GCAAAUGGCAUAGAGCCCCUGGUUUGGGGGAAAAGGGAUCGGAAAGCACAAACCCAGCAGCGGCACUCUUCUCUUCCCUCUGUCCCCCAUCUAUCUUAUCCUCUAAUCGUCUUCAACUAUUGUGGCCUUAUAUAUUGCACACAAUUCCCUUCCCACUGCUGCAUCAGAUCGAGAGAAGAGAACUACAAGCUACUUCCUCUUUGCACUCGGGAGGCAUUGAAGAGAUGGGUUGUACAAGCAGGGCUUGUGUGGUGGUGGCAGCGAGCAUGAGCGCGGUGGAGGCGCUCAAGGAUCAGGCGGGGCUGUGCCGGUGGAACUACGUCCUCAGAUCCCUACAGCAGCGGGCGAAGAGCAGCAUGGGGUCGUUGUCUCAGGCCAAGAGGACAUCUUCCUCCGUCGACAGGAGUAGGAGAGGGUGGCAGGCGGCGGCGGAGAAGGGGAAGCAGUCGGAGGAGGCGCUGAGAACAGUCAUGUACUUGAGCUGUUGGGGUCCCAAUUAGAGGAUCCUUUUGCUUCAGCUUACUUCUCCACUGUAAAUUAUCCAGCUUUGAUGAUGUAUAUUCAUCAACCAUUUCUUCUGAA